AUGAAAUUAUUUUUAGCAUUUUUAGUUUGUGUUGUUUUAAGUUAUAAUAAUUUAGUUUUAUCAUUUCCAUGUGGAAUGGAUUUAAAGAAUACAUAUAAAAAUCAAAGUUAUUAUUAUUUUAAAACAGCAGAAGUUGCUUGUCUACCAUAUAAUUCAAUUGCUGUAACUUUCCCAAAAUUUGAAUUUAAUAAUUUCACAACAACAGCAACUGGUAAAUUUUGGAAUCAACAAGUAGGACCACAACAAAAUGAAUUUUCACAAUGGGUAGUUGGGAAAUGUGAUGAUAAUAUAACCCAAUAUAGAGUUGGUUUCUUUGAAAACAAUAAAACAAUUUAUAUUCAAAGUACAAAUCAAUCAAACUAUUGUGAAAUUGCCACAAUUUUCCCAUUCACAAUGAUAUGGGUUGAAACUGUCCACCAAGAGUAUUGUUUAAAUAAAUAG